CAGCGUCGCCAUCUGCUUUCUCGUCCUUCUCCAAUCUCCGUGUUGUUGUUCCCGGUGACGCGGCGGAGGUGUAGCCUGACGCGGGCUCUUACGUGUCGGCCAGAAUAAAAGUGGAGCUCCGGAGACCCGGGAGUGACGAAAGGGUGUCUGUAUCGCUUCGCCAAUGAAGAUGGAGCCAGCAGCCGAGGCUCAGCAGGCGGCGGACACUGCUGUGACUGAAACGGAGAGCCAGCAGAUCACCCCGGCACAGAUCGCCACGUUAGCGCAGGUAUCCAUGACAGCGGGACACGCCUCGGCAACGGGUCCCACCGUAACGCUGGUGCAGCUUCCCAACGGACAGACGGUCCAGGUGCACGGAGUCAUUCAGGCCGCGCAGCCGUCUGUCAUCCAGUCCCCGCAGGUCCAGGCUGUGCAGAUCUCCACCAUAGCUGAAAGUGAAGACUCUCAGGAGUCAGUCGACAGCGUGACGGACUCCCAGAAGCGCAGAGAGAUUCUAUCGCGGCGUCCAUCAUACAGGAAAAUCCUGAACGACCUUUCGUCCGACGCGCCGGCGGUCCCGCGGAUCGAGGAGGAAAAGGCUGAAGAGGACUCGUCUGCUGCCGCAGCUACGCCCGCCAUCACCACCGUUACCGUGCCGACGCCCAUCUACCAGACCAGCAGCGGACAGUACAUUGCGAUCACGCAGGGCGGAGCCAUUCAGCUGGCCAAUAACGGCACAGAUGGAGUUCAGGGCAUUCAGACUCUGACCAUGACCAACGCUGCUGCAGCAGCCGCCCAGCCGGGAACCACCAUCCUGCAGUAUGCACAGACCAGCGACGGCCAGCAGAUACUGGUUCCCAGUAACCAGGUGGUGGUCCAAGCCACCUCAGGCGAUGUUCAGGCCUAUCAAAUCCGAGCAGCUCCUGCCAACACCAUCACCCCUGGUGUUGUCAUGGCGUCCUCUCCCGCCCUCCCGACACAAGGAGCCACAGAAGAAGUCACCAGAAAACGGGAAGUCCGACUCAUGAAGAACAGAGAGGCAGCCCGGGAAUGUCGCAGGAAGAAGAAGGAGUAUGUUAAAUGUCUGGAGAACAGAGUCGCCGUCCUGGAGAACCAAAACAAGACGCUAAUCGAAGAACUGAAAGCACUUAAGGAUCUUUACUGUCACAAAUCCGAGUAGCUCCUGUUCUGAGCACAGAGCCGGGCCAAGUAGUUUUCUGGUUCCCUUCAAAUGCUUUGACUGUUUGAUUCUGGCCUUCCAAUCUGCUCAUGGCUGGCCUGUUAUUUUUCUUUUUGUUAUGUUUUUACCCAAUAAGGUCUGCCCCAUGACCUUUUCUUCAACAGUACAAUAAAUUUUGACAACUUAAAGUAGUGUGCUGUCAUCGGGAUCAAUAGGGGAAGCAUGAGAAAAGUGCCAUCCAAAACGAGGCACUCUAAACUGAUAGCUCGAAUCCUGUUGAACAUUAUUUAAUUUGGUGCUGGAUGCUGCUGAGAUCAGCAGCAAGAUAGGUUUGUAAAGCCACUGCCCACAUACUCGUUUGUGCGUCAUUGUAUUUCUGCUCUUCGUUGUGAUUCUUCUCUGUCGGGUUGAAAAAGGUGCCUGAGUUAAGAUGCCAUGGAAAUGCAAGCUGUAGAUUCGUUUUCGACACUUGGGUUUGAUUUCUACGUUUUGCCGUAGCUCGCUCUCGGGGGAGAAAAGGCGGUUAGAUCCCGGGACGCACCGCGCAUUUCAGAUCAUGUCUUCUAAACGUUUCUGAGCUCCUCAUCAUCACUUGGCUUCACCGGACUCGAGGAAAGUUUGUGUUUACUGUGCAAGCAAUAAUGUCUUUUGAAGUUUAUCGCUGUUUAGCCCCAUGUUCAGUUUCCAACAUUGUUAGAAACGCUGUCUUUUUAUUCAGCUGGAAGAUAUAUUUAGGAUUUAUAUAUAUAUUGUUUUCUUUGUUUAUCUACAUUUUAUAAUGUAUGAAACAUUUCCAAUAUAAAAUGUUUUACUAGUUAGGGUGUAUCUAAGCUGGGACUCGGUGAAUCUAACCUUGAUGAGAAUUAUGCCUUACAGAUGAGUCUCCAACUAACUGGGGAAAAUAAUUGAGAUUUGCUACCAACACCCAAUACUGUAGGACAGUUGUGGUGUAACAAAAUAGGAUUCUGCUCUGUUGUUUAUUGUAUAUAUUUAUUGACCUCGCUACCUGUAAUUACUAGGAAUACGCCAGUGAAUGUUGUUUUGCCUGCAAAACUGAUCUGAGUCGUUUAAAUACAAGCAUUUGGCAAUAUUUACACACCGUUAGAUACUUAAUAUAAAUCAGUGCAAUGUGCGGUGAAAUAAAUCACUACAUUUCAUAAGAAUUACAUCGUCCACAUCAUCGAUUGAGGAGCAUUUAACUCACAAUUGAUGUUUAUUUUGACAUAUUUUUUAUUUAUUUAUUUUUUGCCAACUAGAGAAACAAAUCAGCCUCAAUAUGCUCCUCCAACCAGUUAGCUAGGUUUGGAAAGCUAAUAUGAUGUUUUAAAUUUGCACCACUGAAACAUGCAUAACUUUAUCAUUUGUUUAUAAACAUAUCUCUUCAUAAGCAGCCUCACAAGCCCACACAUUUCUUCUGCUGACAGUGUUUUCGUGCGGUGCAGUUUGCUAAUGCUCGCAUUUUCUAUUUACAUGUGACUUGCUGAAUCCGGUGGUAAAAGAUAUCGGUGUAGUUCCAAAUAAUUGGGUGAAGACAAAAUGCUGUGCUGGUCUUUGAGCUUCGGAUGCUCUCUGUGCGCCUCUGCCUUUUUUAGCUUUUAUGCCGCAUGCCGUGGCGGGAGUGCUGGUUAGAAAAUUAAGAAACGGCACAUAAAGCUCGGGUAUCCUGAGUUUAAUUGUGAGAUAGGAGGUGUUAGAUUAACAGUCAUUUGGGAAAUAAUAUAUAAAUAACAAUAGUUUUGUUUAAUUUUCUAUUCUUCUUAUGAAAAAUGGAAAACUGAACAAUAGUCCAUUUGGACUGCUAAUUGGUAAUUGGCACCCAAACAAGAUUUCUGGGGAAAAUGUGAUCAUUUUCCUUAUUUCACUUAAACCACAAGGUUUAAGUGGCUGUUUCUUCAUGUUAACCUCUUAUGUUUCUUGUUACAUCUCCAGAUAAAAAAAAAAAAAAAAACUUGUGUGAAACGAUGCCUUUUAAUGCAGAACAGCACAAUCCAGAGCGGUUUCAAAAAGAUAGGUUUGUAAAUUUGAAAUCUAGAACCUAUUGUCAUUUCAGAUAACUACAUUAUUUUAUAAAUUCCUUUUUUGUUUCCCUCUGUUUUGUAUUAUUUUGACUUUUUUUUGUUAUUUUAGUCAAAUAGUCAUGUAAAUGUAGUAAAUUGCUGUGUUAUUUUGUUUUGUAGCAAAUUGAAUCUUGAAAUGCAAUUUGUUACAAGUUCUUGAAAAUAACACAAGUUGUAUAUUGUGUCCUGUGGGAAUGAGAAUCCUUGUAUGUGUGUGUGUGUGUGUGCGUGUGUGUGCGAGCGCGUGGGUUGAGAAGAAACUUGUAUGUGAUUGUCUAUAUUUUAUAUGACUGUACAUACCCUCUACAGCAUGUGUAGACCUCAUAUAUUUCUGUUUAUUUGACAAAUGUUUUUAUGACUUGUAUGGAGAGACAAACAAAAAAAAAGAAGAAAACUUUGCAUAUUUGUAAUAUACAUUAGUAUAUAAUUCAAAGCAAUGUUUUGUUGUAUGUGUGCAUUGACGUGUCCCUCCUGGCCAACCAGCGUUAUGGCAGCUAGUGAAUGAGGAACGGCCUGUGUUGGAGGUGUUUUGAUUUUUGGAGUGUUUCGAUCUGUUUCGGAUCAGCGGUGUUUGUAGAAAAAGAGUAAAUGUGUUUGAAAGACAUCUGGCCACAACACAGAGGUCGAUCGGAUCUUUUCUUGUCAAAUCUGUGAAUGUUUCUGUUUCGAGCUUUACAUAUAAAUAUGCUGUCUUUUCAGUGUAAACUGCUCCAACACCAAAUCUUUUUAUAUGUAGAUUACAAACUUAUCAAAUGAAAGCACAAUGCCCCCAAGCCCGCCCCCUUUUUAAGUCUUUAUGUUUUCUUAAUUCGAUUUUAUCUGCGUUUACUUCGAUUCAACGUUUCUGCUUGAUUCUGUCAUUGAUUUUGUUUGCACUAUAAUGGAGAAUGACUGGGAAUCAGUUUUCAGGAAUAUAUGAAUAUCACUCCAUCCAGAAACCAACUCUGAACUAAAUGAAAAUAACAAAAAAUAUAUAUUUUUAGUUUGGUCUAUAAGUCUCAACCUUCUGUGUUGACCUUUAAAAAAAAAGUUUGGCCAUUUAAAUUGAUUCGUUUAUAUCAAAAAAAUAAUAAUCUCAGUUUUUGAUAAACAGACAUUGUGGUUUGAUUUGAAAUUAUCUGACAAUGGUACCUAAGUCCUGUGAUACCGUAGAUAGAAAACAAUAAUAAUUCAGCCAAGUGACUUUUUUUAAAAUCUAUAACUUAUCAAUGUUAAAUCAUCUUUGUUUACUGUAAGUUUUUCUCUAAUUAGUUUCAAGGCAUUUAAAAAUGUGAAAGCACUAGUAGUAACUUUAAUCAUCAGUUUAGCAUGUAACAUAGCUUUUACAUUUUGUUCCCGUUAUGCUUUACAGUGUGGUGUAAUGGAUCAAUGUAAAGGCGAGACAUAUUCAUUAAGUUUACUGUCCUUUUUGGAUCUAUGGGAAUGAGGUGUACUUUAUAUGUGUAUAUAAAAAUAUAUACAUACAUACACGAGUUUUGAUAAUUCAUACAGUGUUAAAAUCAGUAUCAUGUACGUUGUGUUCAGGGCUCAUUUUCACUGAACGAUAUUUGAGUUACUCUAAGAAGUGUACUCUUGAAGGAAAAGUAAAAAUAAUUGCCACCCCCUUUGUGAUUCACACGUCCAAUGCUGGUGCUAAAUAAAACCUUGUGGCAUGAUUAUGUGUCAUUUUUACUUACAGACGUACGUUGUGUGAAACUCGGUGCCAGAAUUGUUUAUACCUAUUUGCCAUCUAAAUAUAAAAUGCACCACUUUUAUUGUGAUCAAUGCAAUGUAAUGAUUGUUACUUUGGCAACAUCUGAACAUAAAUCCCAUUUGUUGUACAGUGUCCGCUAAAGACAAGGUCACAAAAUGUCACUUUUCAUUUUGUUUGUUUUAACACAGACACAUUAUAACAUCGUACCUGCCCAAAAUUUCAAAGUGCUGUUACUCUGACAUACAUCACUCUUUUGUAAGCAACUACGUCUUAAUAAACUGCUUAAAAAGUA